CCCGUGCAGCCUCAGCCUCAGCUUGGAUUUGGACUUGGACUUGCUUACUAUUCCAUACCAUACCACGAACGCUGCGCGCUGCGCGCAUCGAACUCCUUUUUUGGCUUGGUUCACGCAUUAUGAGAAGAGACGCUGAAGAUGGCGGUGCUUGAGCAGUCUUGGGUAAAAGUUCAAGAAAAGACAUUUGGCAAAUGGCUCAACAACAAACUCAAAGCACGAGAUGUUCACAUCAAUGACCUGACCAGCGACCUCUCCGACGGUGUCGCCCUGAUCCACCUCCUCGAGAUCCUCUCCCAAGAGUCUCUGGGCCGAUAUGCCGCGCGACCCAAACUUCGAGUCCAAAGAUUCGAGAAUGUCAACAUCGCCCUGGACUUCAUCAAGAGCCGCAAGAUCCAAUUGACGAAUAUCGGGGCUGAAGAUGUGGUCGAUGGGAACCGCAAGAUUAUCCUUGGCCUGAUAUGGACGCUCAUCUUGAGGUUUACCAUCAGCGAUAUCAAUGAUCAGGGAUUGAGCGCAAGAGAAGGACUGCUGUUGUGGUGUCAGCGGAAGACGGCAUGCUAUGAUGAGGUGGAUGUGAGGGACUUCUCGAGUAGUUGGAAUGAUGGCCUGGCCUUCUGUGCGCUUUUGGAUAUACACCGACCCGAUCUGAUUGAUUAUGAUCAGCUGGACAAGAGCGAUCACAGAGGCAAUAUGAAGCUGGCCUUCGAUAUUGCCAGCAAAGAGAUUGGUAUCCCAGAGCUCCUGGAUGUCGAGGAUGUGGCGGAUGUGGCCAAGCCGGAUGAGAGGUCGCUGAUGACUUACAUCGCAUACUGGUUUCAUGCUUUCUCACAGAUGGAGAAGGUCGAAAAUGCUGGUAGGAGAGUGGAGAAGUUUGUGUCGAACAUGCAAGGUGCAUGGGAUAUGCAGAACAACUAUGAGCGGAGGAUGCGUGCGUUGCUUCAGGCCAUUGCAAGGCAGAGACUGGAUUGGGAGCAGGCCCACUUUGACGGCACUUAUGCGGAUGCGAAAGAGCAGAGUCGGCAGUUUACGGGAUACAAGCAGAAGAACAAGAGAGAAUGGGUGGCGGAGAAGAGCGACCUCGCUGGUCUGCUCGGCAACAUCAAGACGAAACUGAACACAUACCGAUUGCGACCUUACCAGCCGCCUCGAGACCUCAGUCUCGAAGCGCUGGACAAUGCUUGGAACGGGCUUAUGGACGCCGAACGGCAUCGAAGCCAGAUCAUCAACAGCACCAUCCGCGACAUCAAGAACAAUCUUCGAAAGUCAUUUGCCGACAAAGCUAAUGACUUUGCGCUUGCCCUCAAGACCAUCAGUGUUAGCAUAUCUGGACUGGAAGGCGAUGUGGAGGAUCAGCUGGAGCAUACAUCGCAAAUUUCACGCAACCUUCCACCUUUGGAUCAGUACUUGGACAUCAUCGCCAACUUGGACACCCAAUGCCAGGAAGCCAACAUCGAAGAGAACGAUUAUACAACAUACACAUAUGACGAAUUGGCUUACGAGCUCAGCUUGGUCCGCUCCAGCGUCCAAAAGAAGCUCGCCUUCCUCGAAAACCAAAUGGUCGCGCGAAACAUGACGAACCUCACGCCUAUCCAGCUCGAAGAGUUCGAAUCCGUCUUCCGCCACUUCGACCGCGACCUCUCCAACUCCCUGCAGGAACUCGAAUUCUCCGCCGCCCUCGCCUCGCUCGGCCUCGUGUACGACGAAACCGAAAUGCACGAACGUUUCAUCGACGUCGCCGGCCGCGACGGCAGCGUCUCGUUCGAACAAUUCAUCCGUUUCAUGGUCGACGUCACCGAAGACCAGAAUACCGCGGAACAGGUUUUUGAAUCUUUUCGUGAAGUCGCCGACGGCAAGCCUUAUGUUACGGAAUUGGAUCUUACGCAUUCGCUUAUUCCGGAUGAGGUUGUGCAGCAGCUUGUGGAGUCUAUGCCGGUGCACAAGGGGCCGGAUUUACAGGAGGAUCGCGAUUUGCCUAAGUUUGAUUAUGUUAGGUUUAUGGAGAGGUAUCUUGGGAAUGGAAAUGGGGAUGAGGAGGUGAAUGGUCAGAUUAAUGGGAAAUAUCAUUUUUAGGGAGAUGGUGUGGAGGAUUCUUUUGAUCAUGACGAUGGAGAGGGUGAGCGGGGGGAGGUUUGGCUUUCUAUGCCUUCGCCGACUCUUGAUGGGGAGGUUUCUGAGGGUGAGGCUGAAGGGUGUAGGGCGGGGAGUGGGAGUUCGAGGUUGUUGUGAGGGGGGGGAGCUCGAAUGCACAGAGUUGGAACUUGGAAGUGUUUCGGUUUUGGCAUUUUUUGAGGGAGGGGAAUUGUGAUACCAAAGAAUUGCAGAAGACUUGUUUUUUUCUGCGGUGGUUUUUAUUAUAGCGAUGAGUGAUGGAAUGGCAUGGGAUGGGGAUUGGGGCAUGGGAUGGAUGAUUGAUUGAUUGGAUGGACAAGGUAGGGAGGAAAGUAGUUGUAGAUGGAAUUAAUGCAUGUGGUUAUUUC